CAUUUUUCCAUUGUUAACUCCACUAUAUCUACAUACAUACAUACAUACAUACAUACAUACGAGUAUAUAUAUAUAUAUAUAUUCCCAUACAACCCAACUGCCCGCAGUGCCAAGAUUAAAUUGUCACGGUUAAUUGUUAAAAUAAUGAAGGUAUUGACAAUUUUCUUCUCUUUUUUCUUACUAUUCUCCAUCAGUUUUUCCAAGGGAACAAAUGCAGCUGCGUCAAACAGUAAUGGAGUCUAUAUUGUCUACAUGGGAGCUGCACAGGAUGACCAUGCUCAGAUACUCAUAAACACACUGUUGAAAGGGAAAGUGAAUGCUCUGGUACAGAGAUAUAGACAUGGGUUCUCUGGAUUCGCAGCUCGGUUAUCAGCAGAAGAAGCAAGCUCCAUCGCGAAGAAACCUGGAGUUGUAUCAGUUUUCCCUGAUCCCAUGCUACAACUUCACACUACUCGUUCGUGGGAUUUCUUGAAGUACCAAACAGACGUAAAGAUUGACUCACACCCAUCUGCCAACUCUGACUCUCAUGGAUCAGAUACUGUUAUUGGCAUUUUGGACACAGGUAUUUGGCCAGAAUCAGAGAGUUUCAAUGACAAGGAUAUGGAUCCAGUUCCAACAAAUUGGAAAGGAACCUGCAUGGCAGGGAAGAAUUUCAGCUCCAUUGCCAUUGGAUCAUUUCAUGCUGUUGAGAAGGGGAUUACUGUGAUCUGCUCUGCAGGGAAUGAUGGCCCUUUUGCUAGCACCGUUGUCAAUGCUGCGCCUUGGAUAAUGACUGUUGCUGCUAGCACCAUCGACAGAGAUUUUCGCUCUGAUCUUUUACUGGGCGGAAACCAAGUGGUUAAGGGCGGAGGCAUAAACUUUGCCAACAUCGGCAGCUCCCCUGUGCACCCACUAAUAUAUGGAAAGUCAGCCAAGAAGGCUGAAGCUUCAGAUGACGAUGCAAGGAAUUGCGUCCCAAGUACCCUGGACGACGAGAUAGUGAAGGGGAAAAUUGUUGUAUGUGAUAACGAUAAUGGAGGGAUAAAAGAACAAAAGCGGGAUGUAGUGGAGGGUCUUGGAGGCAUUGGUAUAGUUGUGAUUGAUGACGAGCAAAGAUCUGUUCCAUCAAAGUAUACAUUCCCAACGACUGUGAUUAGUACCAAGGAUGCAGCAGACAUCUACUCCUAUCUCAAUUCAACCAAAAAUCCAGUUGCAACAAUCUUGCCAACUUUCACUGUAUCAGACUAUAAGCCAGCACCUAUUAUUGCCUACUUCUCUUCUAGGGGACCUUCAUCCAUCACAACCAACAUUCUUAAGCCUGAUAUUACCGCACCAGGAGUUACCAUACUCGCGGCAUGGACAGGUAAUGACACAAAGGCAGGUCCUGAAGGGAAACCCCCUCUAUUCAAUGUCAUUUCAGGAACCUCAAUGGCAGCUCCUCACAUUUCUGGUGCGGCUGCCAUUCUUAGAUCACGAAAUCCCACAUUCGGUCCUUCUGCAAUUAGAUCAGCCAUCAUGACAACAGCCAUUCAACUGAACAAUUUAAAGGCACCGAUAACAACAGAAAAGGGCGUACCAGCCACACCUUACGAUUUUGGAGCAGGUGAAUUAAGCACAACAAAAUCAUUGGAGCCAGGGCUGGUGUACGAGACCACUACUGUUGAUUAUUUGAACUUCCUUUGUUACUACGGAUACAAUAUUACCACAAUUAAGACAAUUGCAAAAGACACUCCAGAUGAUUAUGGGUGUCCAGAGAAUUCCAGUACAGAUCUGGUGUCGAAUAUGAACUACCCAUCGAUUGCAAUAUCCGGUUUGAGUGGGAAAGAGAGUAAGAGAGUGAAUAGAACGGUGACAAAUGUAGGUGGAGAUGGUGAAACAGAGUAUAGUGCAAGUGUUGAGGAAGCUGCAGGGGUUAAGGUGGAGGUGGUGCCAGCGAAACUGCAGUUUAACAAAAAUGGGGAGAAGAAGACGUAUCAAGUGGUUUUCUCGCUGAGUGGCGGUUCGGAACUUAAAGAAGAUGUGUUUGGAGCGAUUACGUGGUCUAAUGGAAAAUACAGAGUCAGGAGUCCAGUUGUUGUAAGCGUUAGUAAACCCAAACUAGUUUAGAAUCAUCAAAAUUUCUAAACAUAUGGGAUUAAUCUAAUUAAAGGGCUUAUCUGAUGUGAUCACCCGAACAACAAGCUCAAAUGAUAGUGAAAAUCUGCUUUAAUUGGAGAAAGAAAUGGCUCUUAUCAAAACGAUGUCGUUCUUCGGAAAACAUUCAGUUGUACCACAUUCUGUAAUCAGAAGUCUCUUUUAACCCAAAUGGUAUUCAAGGUUUUUUCUUUCU